AUGUCAGAUCAAAAGUCCUACACCGCAAGCUGCCACUGCGGCGCCGUCAAACUCUCCUUCUCCACCUCCCCUCCAAUCGAAGAAACGGAGGUCGUCUCAUGCAACUGCUCCAUCUGCCACAUCAACGGCUACAUGCUCACUUUCGUCCCCACCUCAAAGGUUACCUUUGAGAUGGACAAGGACGCAGUUACAGAAUACCGCUUCGCAUCGCGCAAUUAUCCGCAUUAUUUCUGUCGCACUUGUGGGACGAGCGUGUAUGCUCAGUCUUCGCUUCCGGGUGAGGAUCAGCCUACAGCGAUUAAUGUACGCGCGAUCCCUGGGAUUGAUAUCAAGGCGUUGAAGUUUAAAGAGUAUGAUGGGAAGAAAUUGUGA